AUAUGGUUGGAUGUCCUUUCACGUCCUCCUGUUCACGGCAACAAAAAAAAAACGAAGAAAAUCCAAGUACUGUACGAAGAAAGGCGCCUGUCUCGCAACUCCACGUUAAACAGUACCGUGUCCCUUUAAAAACGUCUGACAAAAAGCCCAUAUGAUCCCCGAGCUCCAAUCACCAAUUCCUUCUGCAAAAGCAGCCUCUGCAUUUUUGUCUGUCUGAAUGCUACAGCAGCACGGGGGGGUGAAAAGAUUGAGGAUAAGGCAAAAACUGAAGAAAUGUGACAAUUCAACGGUCAUUUUCAUGGCGAAGCGAAAACUGGUGCGAAAGGAGUUAUUCUUGGACUCCUUUGAGCCUCGAAACGCUGGAUCAAAAUGCUCAUAGUGGAGAAGACCACAGACUUCCCCUCUGCUGAGUUCUCCCUGGUGGAGGAUGUGGCUCUGCACUUCACCUGUUUGAUGGACAGGUUGAACGAGCAGCGCCUCUUCCAGCCAGACCUGUGUGACGUCGACAUCGUUCUGGUGCGUCAGCACAGCACCUUUCCGGCCCACAAGGGCGUGCUGGCGGCCUACAGCCCUUUCUUCCACUCUCUUUUUGCACAAAGCAAAGAGCUGCGGCGGGUGGACCUGUCGCUGGACGCCCUGACCUCACAGGGCCUGCAGCAAAUUCUCAACUUCAUUUACACCUCCAAACUGCUGGUGAGCAGCCGCACUGUCCGCGACGUGCUCAACGCCGCUGCCCUGCUCCAGAUGAGCGACAUCGCAGCCUCCUGUCGCGACCUCAUCAGCAGCCACUCGCUAAGAAGCACCUGUGCAGAUAUGGCCAAUCAGGAUGGGCUUGGUAGCGGUGACCCAGCAGCUGUAGCGAUGCCUUCCAGCCAGCUGUACGCGGAGAUCAAACAGGAGUCAGAGCUGGGGAGGGUGUACAAGAGCGAAGGCAGCAGCCCGUUCUCUGUUAGAGUGGAGGACGCAGGCAAGACAGCCUCCCAGCAGAAGUAUUACCAGAAGGAGGACGGGUCAGGGGGCGGGACUAGCACCGUUGUGGCCGCUUUGUGCAAAGUCGAGAGCAAUGGAGAGGAGUCAAAGGCCGCUGAUGGCCACGCCUCCUUCAACAGAGACCAGAUCAUUGUUGAAGUCAACCUCAACAACCAGACGCUUAAUGUGUCAAAGGGGUUGGAGAGCAAAUCCGCAAGCAUCACAGAGGCGAACACCAUGUUUGGUUGUUGCCAUGACAAUGGGAUAGAUUCCGAAGACGAUGAGGAGGACGAGGCGGAGAAUGACGACACAGUGGGAGAAGAGGAUGACGAUGAGCUGAGGAGAGGGGACAUACUGGGGCAGAGCAGCGAGGAGUUAGAUGAGGAGGAAGAUGAGGAAGAGGAGGAGAACUCCCUAAACAUUCCAGGCUUUGAGCAAGCAGCCCUAAUGGAUCGACCACGCCGGGGCACCAGAGCCUUUGCCAUGGCGGGUACAACAGCCUCCAUGCGGCAAACACUAGCAGAGGCCACGCUAGCCAACCAGCGGCAGGGUGGGAAGAGGGCGCUGGAUGCAGAGGGCCUGGGCCAGAAAGUGAGGCUGGAGGAGAAGCAACAUUUCCCAUGUAAGAAAUGCCCUCGCAUCUUCAACAAUCGCUGGUACUUGGAAAAACACAUGAACGUCACACACAACCGCAUGCAGAUCUGCAAUAACUGUGGGAAACGCUUCUUGCUGGAGAGUGAGCUGCUGCUGCACCAGCAGACCGACUGUGAGAAGAGCAUCCAGUGUGUAACAUGUGGCAAGGCCUUCAAAAAGCUGUGGUCGUUACAUGAGCAUAACAAGAUUGUCCAUGGCUACGCCGAGAAGAAGUUCUCCUGCGAGAUCUGUGAGAAGAAGUUUUACACCAUGGCUCAUGUCAGGAAGCACAUGGUCGCCCAUACGAAGGACAUGCCGUUCACCUGUGAGACAUGCGGGAAGUCAUUCAAGCGCAGCAUGUCCCUGAAGGUUCACUCUCUGCAGCACUCAGGAGAGAAACCCUUCAAGUGUGAGAACUGCAGUGAGCGCUUCCAGUACAAAUACCAGCUCCGUUCCCACAUGAGCAUCCACAUCGGACACAAGCAGUUCAUGUGCCAGUGGUGCGGAAAGGACUUCAACAUGAAACAGUACUUUGACGAACACAUGAAGACACACACUGGAGAGAAGCCUUACAUCUGUGAGAUUUGUGGUAAGAGCUUCACGAGCCGGCCCAACAUGAAGCGCCACCGCCGCACCCACACCGGGGAGAAGCCCUACCCCUGCGAGGUGUGCGGCCAGCGCUUCCGCUUCUCCAACAUGCUCAAGGCCCACAGGGAGAAAUGCUUCCGCGUCAGCAACCCCAUGGUUACUGAUGGCAACGACCCCCUCGUCCUCCAUCAGCCUCUGGCCUCGCCCACCGUGGACUCUUCCGGUCAGGUGCAGCUGAGGACGGCGCUCCCUGCCACGUCUGCAAUCACACCCGCUGCUGCCUCUAGCCCACACUCCCUCCAUGGCACCCAGCUGUCUCUCCCCCUGCUGCACUCCAUGGGGGGCCUGCCUCCGAGCCCACAUUUACCCCCUCUGCCUCCCCUGUUCCCUGCUGGUAGGAUGAACUCCAACAACUAACAAAUAUGUGUAGCAUCGAAAGCACCUUUGUAACAUUUGUUUUUCUUAGAGCUUGUAAAGAGGACUUCUGCAGGAGAGUGAUGCACCUCAGUGACAUUUACACCGAGGAGAAACACCGACUGAAGGCUAAAUGGACGCCUCAUAAAAACACACACAUACGCCUACCACAAUAAAAAAUAGUUAUUUUUUACUCUGUUAAAUACAAUAUAUAACCUCAGAGUCCAGUAGGACAUGUUGUCACCGCUCUUUUCCUCAUGAAUUUUACAACUCAUUUGGUUUUAUUUGGAAUCCCACCACCACAAAUAUCUCCCCAGAGCCUUGCACAAUGCAUUGUUUGUAGCAUCUUUUACAAAGUUGGAGAAAGAGUUUCCUAAGUCCUCAUUCAUACAGGGGUAUUCCGUCAAGCAAGAACCACAUUAUGAUGAGAAUAGAUAUUUUAUUUUUGAUCGUUCUCUGCCAAGAUGUAGCGAAUGGUUCCGGUCUGACCCAGCAAUAACCAAAUGCUGAUUUGUCUCUGAUCAUAUACAUGUAUAUGGCAUUGCCAAUAACCAAAUCCUGUUAGCUCACCUGUAUAGUUAGAUAAUGUUAUACAGCAUUUUUAAUCAAUCCUGCACCUUACAGUUAACUCUAGUGAUAUUACUAGAUGUACUCCCUCUUGUCUCGAAUGUUAUAAUCGUUAUAAAUAGUGUGUAAUUCGUGGCACGUUACAUCAAUUUGUAAGGAUGCACGAGAAGUUGUGAUGCGUGGAGAGUUGUUCGUGCAAUGCAGUAUGGUGUUUGUGACGGUGUGUGUGUGUGUGUGAGAUGUGAGUCAGAGUCAUUAGAUGAUGAUCUUCAAAGCUACGUUCAGCUAAUUGACCGAGUCAGGAGGUGAAGUAAUUUGUUGACUCUUCUCUUUUGCUUACAUUAAGCAAGCGUGCUCCUCUCCUAUAGAUCUGGCUUUGAGACAAUAUCACACUUUUCUGUGACUUGUUAGUAAAAACCUAAUGUACUCCGACCUACAGUAUAUUUGUAGGUUUAAUAUCUAAUGUUAAUGUUAACUUACAUUUUCCAACUAAACCCGAUCUGUGUUAUUAGUCUGCAGAAUACCAAGAGUGUAGGGAUAAUAAUAUUCACAAAAACACUGCGUACAUAGCUCAUUAAGUGUGCACAUUUCACCAUGAUGUAUAUUGUGAAGUGAUAAACAUUAUAUUACAAUGACUAAAUCUCUUAAAGAGCACUGACGGGGAGUACUUUUGGCACAACAAAGUGCACCACUAAAAGGGCUCCUUACCAUUACAUCACUAUUAUAAAAUACUCAAUUUCUCAUAACCGUGAUCUGUAGAAGCUGAUCAAAGUGAGGGACAUGCAGUAUGUAAUACAGCUCAAACAUUUGUGGCUCUAUGUGCACUUUUGACAACUGUUUGUCAUUAACCUACUGGAGUAGAACUGAAAGAAUAGAAAAUAAUCAAAUCCUUGUCCAUGAAAAGUUCUUCUCUUAAAGGAUUUUCUUAGAAAAAUACACUUAUUUGCUUUCUUGCCGAGAGUUAGAUGAAAAGAUGGAUACCACUCUCAUGUCUGUACGUUAGAUAUGAAGCUAAAGCCAGAAGCUGCUUAGUUCAGCUUAGUUACUGUAAGCACAAAGACCUGAAACAGAAACAGCUUGGCUCCGUCUGAAGAAAAAAAACAAAUUCACCUACCAGCACCUGAAGCUCCGAAAAUAACACAUUAUAUUUUGUUUGUUUUAUCUGGACAAAUACCGAAAUAGGACAAUUUGCGGCUCACACUUUCGUUUUUUUACACUUU